AUGAAGGCGUUGUUGGUGUUUGGAGUGGUGUGCCUGGCGGCCGCCUGCAUGGCCGACUCCCCGCAGGACAUGGCCGUGGCCGAGAGCAAGGGGCACCACCACGAGCACGGCGGCGGGCACGAGCACCACGGCCACCACCACCACGAGCACGGUGGACACGGGCACAAGGGCCACAAGGGCCACCACCACCACCACAAGGGACACGAGGGCCACCACGGCAAGCACCACCACGAGGAUCACCACCACGAGCACGGCGGCGGACACAAAAAGCACUGGGACGAGCACGAUCACCACGGUGAGCACCACGAGCACGGCCACCACCACAAGGGCGAGAAGCACGGCCACCACGAGCACCACGACAAGGGAGAGCACACCGACGGAUACCACAAGAAACAUCACAAGGAUCACUUCCACAAGGACCACCACUUCCACGACGGACACCACAAGGAGGGCAAGCACCACAAGCACCAUCAUCACCACGGCCACCACGACACCCACGGGGGACACCACAAGAAGGGCGGCCACCACCACUCCGGGCACCACGAGGGUCACCACGGCAAGCACGGCCACCACGACAAGCACCACUACGACGAGGACCACCACGGGCACAAGGGCCACCACGGCCACGAGGAACACCACCACCACCACCACGACCACGGCAAGAAGGGCCACCACGACGACCACAAGCACUGGGGCCACCAUCACGGCAAGCAUUAA